AUGGGCGUUCUGGAAGCUGCUGCCGAGGAACCUUCAGCUGGGACGACGGAAGCAAUGUUGGUUUCUGCAGCUGUUACAUCUGUUCCUCCCGCAGAGACGAAGACGACGGAUGACGAAGGAGAGGAAGAAGACGUGAAAGACCACGAUUAUAUCACCGGCAACGACAAGGGUCCGACAAGGGUGACGGAGGGGAAUGACCGCAACAGGUUCUUCUGCGGAAGCGCCCUUGUUAAGCCCAGACAUAUCCUCACCGCCGCCCACUGCGUCGCCCUCAGGAGACCCGACUACUCGGUCCAGAGAGUCGCCAUUCACCCGCAAUACAACCUCCUCUUCAACUACUUCGACAUCGCUGUGAGGUUCAGUGCCCUAGUGCAGCCUUACUGCCUGCCUGCCUCCACGCUGAUGCUGGAUGGCCGAACCUGCACCGUCUCGGGCUGGGGCUCGCGACCCAACGAGUUCGCGGCGACGCUGCUCACGAGCCUGGAAGUCGACGUGAAGUCCCAGGAGGAGUGCAACGCCCUGUAUGCCGAGGCAGGGAGUGUCUUCACGACCAGCUACCCGCAGGGGCUGGACGCCACUCUGCUCUGCGCCGGCGGGGGCACCGGCAAGGACGUGUGCAGGGGCGACUCAGGGGGGCCGCUGGUGCUGGGCGUGGACGGGCGCGAGACGGAUGUGGGCGUGGUGAGCGCGGGGCUGGGCUGCGGCGACCCUCGGUUCCCCGGCAUCUACACCCGCGUCGACGCCUUCCUCGACUGGCUGGACCGCACGGUGUACGGCGCGUGCGCCCGGGCGUCCUUCGCGGCGCUGCAAGGAGGGGCGGCCGCAGGGAACGACACGGAGGGUGGGGCGACUGCGGCACUCUGA